AUGGCCACCAUCAUACACAAGGAUCCUGGGAAUCGCAGCUACAUCCAAAGCACCGAGGUUCCGGCGUAUCGGUUGCAAGCGAAUCCGGACGGCUCUGUGCAAGCCGUAAGCUCCAGCAGCUUCACGUGGGUGAUACACGAAGACCAGGGCAGAAUUUCCGACUACGACGCGACACUUCCCGGGAGCACCGGGUACCUCUUGGGCCUGACUAAUGGCAGUGUGCGCGUGGGGGAAGACCGGCCACAGGAUCCAGCCGAAGUCGGAUGGACGUGCGAGGGCGGCUUGACCAAAGUUGAUGCCGGAGAUGUCUCGUGCAUCACGGCAAUCUACCACCCAGCUGCGGAGACCAAAGAGACGACCUACAGCAAUGGAGAGGCCAUGUACCUAUUUAGCGACGUCGACUCCUCGGGUCAUUUCACGAAGCUGUGGUGUGAGAAUGGCUUCUUGUCUUCAUGGACUGCCUACACCUGGGUCUCGUCCGGUGGCCGGCGUACUGACGUCCGAUGCAUCUCCUGGCCAGAACUGCCUUGGCCGGCAUGGCCAGAGUCUGCUGAGGCAGUUCCUUGCUCCACGUCACCCGUGUUUGAGCUCUCUUUCGAGGGCUUCGCAGACUACGAGAUGACGUGCCUGCUGGGCGGCGACGACUUAUGGUUCGGCCUGACAAACUUCACGGUCUGGAUGUCGCAGGUUGGCGGUGCCCCCUACAGGGUUCAGUAUACCUGCUGUCCGGGGCCAGGGCGGCCAAAUCUGUUCACCAAGACAACGCCCGCCAUCAACCAGUGGCAUGACAUCAACAAGGACCCCACCAUGGGCGACUCGGGAUGCCCUGAGGGCUAUGCGCUUGGAGGAAUUGGUUGGAAGGCCAACACGGUCGAUGAGCCCACAUCCUUCCAGCAGAGCUUCACGUGCUUCAGUUUCGGGGGAGUCUCUUUGCGUGAUGAGGGGUGGCCCCCUUCGUUUUUCGGGUUCCCACCCUAUGAGCUCAACCUCGCCAGCUGCGAGUCGUAUUCGAUCACGUCUCGGUGGACUUGCCCUCAGUUGCCAAGCGGUGGCGGGGACCAACCUCCCUUCGAAGCCGACGCCUUUCCCCUGGGUACGUGCCAGGCCGAGAUAUUCGUUGCCACCCCCGUCCCCCUGAAGUUCUCGCCGGAAAACGAGGGGCGGUGCCUCAACUUGAUCCAGGAGGAGCCUGAGGCGGCUUUCGUGGACAGCGACGUGCAGUGGCGCUGCGAAACCAGUAUCCAGUGCUUCGGGUACAACAUCACGGGUAGCUCAACAUCGGGGGCGGGCUCCCUGUUUCUGGAGCCGGUGAAGGCUUUCGGAAGCAGUGGCAACUGCCAUGUGAAGGAAAUCAGCACCUGGUCCCCGGACGCCGAGUCGUCGACUCUGAGUCUAGAGGUCCAAGACCUGGACAGCACCAACACGGACCCGAGCCUCCGAAGCGCGUACAACUGGACGAGCGCCAUCCGUGUGGUCAGCAGCGCUGGCGGCGCGCAGCUUUUCACCUGCCUGCCCAACAAGAUCGCCCCCGAGGCGCCCCCGGCCGCCCCUCUCUCCGUGCUCUGCGCCUCCAACGUGGCCGUGAAGCUGAGCGACUUGCUGCCGGCACAGGGAAUCUACGCGGGAAGCAGCGCGGAGGCCUUGAAUACGACGAUCCUGCCAUCCUGUGUGGCCUUGGUGCCGCCCAAGGGCGCGAGCGCGGCGGCCGCGAGCAUGACCGGCACCACGCUGAUGGCGCUGCUGCGAAGUCAGAAGUUCUUCAGCACGCCCUAUGGCAGCCCGAGCGCGCCACCGUUCAAUGACACCACCAGCCUCGGCACCCCGUGGACCCUGGGCUUCGCUAGCUUGACGGCCGGUGGCCGGAUCAUGUGGGGGCUGAGCUGCCCUGAUGGGGCCAUUGUUGCCAGCAAUCCCAGGACAUUCCCUCAUUGCCUCCAAGUGGGCGCUGGCGCCGAGACGGUGCACGAAGUGCUCUCGGGCUCAGCGAUGUGCCCGCCGGGCAGCGCCGUGAGUGGCUGGUACAACCUCCCUGGCCUGCCAGUGAGAAGUAGUGGGUCGGGGGGCCCCUCCAGCUGGACGUCCGCGCGACUCUUCUGCCGGCGGACGGACUUGCUCUCCAACUGCCAGCAGCCCAUGGACCCGCAUUGCAAGGAUGGCGAGGUGGUCAGUGGCAUCAUCUACGACGACGCUGUAAAGAUGAGGUGCUGUCAGCUGCAGCAGCCUCUCGGUCUGAGAUUUCGAUCGAACAUCCGCCAAAGCAAGCUGUACAAGAGCUUCGAGGGCUACUACUGCCCCACAGCCGUGGAUGGAACGGGUGCGCCUUUCUACGCCAGGACGUCGAUCGGACCAUUGGGAAAUCCGGGCGUGGCCCAAGACGCGAACGCCACCCUCAGUUGGAAUAAGUGGCUGGCGACCUGGGAGCUCCGGGUCGAUGGUGGCGUGGUGGGAUCGGCACCCAGCGAGGUGGUCUUGCCGACUCAGUUGAGUGUGGAUGCUCUCGGUACCUUCUCAGCAGUUCCAAUCCGCCCCCUGACCAGCUUCGGCAAGAAGUCGAAGCCAACCAGCCCCUUCCCCAAGCAGCCGCCGACCUACCCCAAGCUGGCUGAGUUCCAUGCGGUGCAGCCUGACUACGCUGCCUACUGCGACCCGGUCUUCUUGCAAAACCCCGCGCUCUACUCAGGCUGGGUGGAGGAGGGGAACCCAUGCUACCACACCUUCAAUGCCGAGAAGCCAGUCCCCGGCUUGCCCAAAGGCAUCACAGAGGAGGAUUUCUGGGCUUCUAGCAGCCGAGAGCAACAUCGGAACUACCUGUUCUCGGGCGCGGCCUCGCAGCAGCAGAAGAUGGAGAACUGGAUCAACAAAGAGAUCGCCAAGACGCAGGCCAUCUUCGACGACGUGGCAUUGGCAGCGGCCAUCGCCAGCGCCAUUCCCUGGGGCAGCUUCGCGGAGAGCGCCGAGAAGGCGAAGACCAUCGCCGGCAACGAGGCAAAGGCUGUCCAGAAGAAGGUGGUGGAGAACGAAGUCGUCCAGAGCCUCGUGUCGCGCGCGAAAGCUGUCGCGGGUCGGGUCAAGUCGCUUGCCUCCAGGUCUAUCCAGACAGCCGCGAACGUCUAUAAGAAGGCUGAGGCUGGAUAUGACAAGGCCAAAGAGACCUACGACAGGGCGCAAUCGACCUAUGAUUCCAUCAGUGGGCUGCCUGGUCAGGCACAGGACCAAGUGCAGCAGGGCUUCGACAAGGUCAGCAACCAGGAGAGGCAGGCGGCAAACACCAUUGGGGGCGUUGAGAGCUCCAUCAACAGCAUCUCCCCGAUCAAGAUCCCAUCCUCCCUGGAAGUCAAGACAGCGUCCGAGAAGCUGCAGGAAGAGACCAUGCCGCAACCCAAGCCACCUGGCGACAGCAGCUAUGAGAAUGCCGAGUCGCAGAGCAAGGCUGAAUUCGCAGACUGGAUGCCCCUGCAGUAUGGCCUGUCGAAGGUCAUGUGCGACCUCUUCUGCAUCCACGACUCCGUCAACGCCGGCACUUCGGCCGUCCUCCGCAGCUUAGAGAAGUCGCAGCGAGUGCUGACAGACAACUUGCAGGCUCUCCUGGACUACCAGACCAACUACAUACUCUGGGCCGUGGGAACCGUUUUGGACCCGACGGAGUUGGCCGGACGAAUCCGCGACGUCGCUGGCAGGAAUGGCGGUGGGAGCUUGCGCAGGUGGCGCACCACACCAUGGUGGGCACCUACCACGCAGGAGCUUCUCGAGGAGCUCCAAGUGGAGCUGCCGAGCCAAAAGUCCGUCAGCCUCUCGCGGGAGAUCUUGGGCUGGCACCAGGACUCCUCUGCCCAACUCCUCUCCCGAGCGGCCGCCUUCACCCGCAACGCCUCCCGCGAGACCUGGCCGUACCGUGCCCGUGCUCUGCGUGGUAUGCUGCGGCACUUCCGGGCGCACUUCGCCAAGCGCCUGGCGCAAGAGCCGGAGGCCGCAGGGCAGCGCCAGAUCAGCGAGAAGCUGCAACUACUCAGGGACCAGUCGGCGCAGCGGCGGGCGUUGGGCGAGCGCGCGCGGUCGCUGCGUCUGUGGCUUCCUGACAGUGGGCCCGUCACCUUGGACGCGAGCAGCCAAGUCCUUUGGAACUCUUUGCUGGAGGGCUUUCUGGCAACGCACGAGAAGCACAACACCUUCACCAUGCUACGUCUGCAGGUCUUGGACGACACAGAUGCGGCGCUGCAUGUUGCUGCCAACUUCUCUGUGUGCGGAGGAGCCGACACCUCCCUUCUCCGCGAAUCCUGGCAGCAGGUGGCGCGGGCCGAGGAGCGCGCGAACGUGGCGCUCCAGGAGGCGUGGUCCGCCACGUUGACCGCAGCGGAACGCCUCCGAAUCGCCUUCAAGGAGGAAGGCAUCUUGCAUCACCUCAUCCGGGGAGCCGUGCUGGAUGACGAGAGCGUUGAAAGGCUUGAAGGCUGUGAGGACCAGUUCCACCAGAUUGGGCAGAGCCUCUUCAGCCACGCCGUGCAGGUGGUGAACCGCGUCGUGCAGCCGCUGCUCAUGCAGCUGAUCACCUUCGAGGCUCUACAGGGCUACCAAGAGGAGGAGCUCAAGUCAAGAGGCCUGCGCUACCUUCCCUCGCCGCCCCACCUGGGCUUGCGCGCUUUGAAGACCGAGCUGGUUGCAGCCGUAGACCCAUCCACCCCUGCAGGCCGUGCCCUCGCCACGCGGGCGAUGAAUGUACUGGGCAAGAGGAUCUGCCCAUCGCCUUGCGUGGAGACUUCGGAGGCCAUGUUGGUGGCCAGGCGCAAUGGCACGGAUUGGAUCGCCAGGGAGCCUGGUCGAGUGCUUUUUGGUCAAGCUCGCGCAGUGGCCUGCGGUCCUUUCUACCUCGACGCAGGGGCUCCAAGAGGAGACUGGCACCGGGAGUUGGACAUGACCCAUGUCGCGCCCCUCGUGGCAGAGGAGUGCACGAGCCUUGUUCUGAUGGAGGCGCUGGGGGUUUAG